AUGGCUAAGGCUAAAAAGUCCACUAAAAAGUUCCAGGCGAAGAACCUGAAGAGCACAAUUGAGCAACGAAAGAAGGUGCAGAAGUACAACAAGCUUCACAAAAAAAAGAGCUCUUCCGGUCCUGUUCCUCAACCUCAGGACAAGAGAGAUAAAGAGAUCUUUGAGGAUAUGGAUGUCGAAGAAUUUUUCGAUGCAGACAUUGAGCUCCCGAAACAGCCAGCCAUGAAGAAACAAAAGGAUGAAGAGACUGAUGGUGAGAGCAGUUCCAGCGGCAGUGAGGCGGAAUUCGACGAACAAGAUCUGAAGGACUUAGAAAAAGACGAUCCAGAGUUCUACAAGUACUUGCAAGAAAAUGACAAAGAUCUGUUAGAUUUCAAACCCGUGAAUCCACUCGAAGCAAUGAGCGAUGAUGAAGACGAUGCCGAUGAGGAGCAAGAAGAAAACCCCGUGCCAGAGGAGGACAAAGAGGAAGAUACCAUCGAAGUGACUGUAGAUAUGAUUAAACAGUGGGAGGCCAACUUGAGGUCAGACCAGCCUACCAUCAAGACUCUGAAAACAGUUGUCAUUGCUUUCAAAGCUGCAGUCCACACCGGAUCUUCAGGAACAUACAAAUACAGCGUUACAGAUGAGAAAGCUUUCCACAAGCUGAUGUUCCUUGCUUUGCAAGAACUGACUCUAAGUGUUCAGAAAUUAGUGCCCUACAAGAUUUCAUCUCACGGUACCAGAAACUUGCCUUCGAAUAAGAAAGUCGCUCAAAUCAGCACGCUUCUCAAGUCGCAUGCAGGAUCGCUAAUAUUGCUCCUCAACGAUAUCACUAAUACCGAGACAGCUACUUUGGUGCUGAAGUCCGUUCAAGAGCUGCUUCCGUACUAUGUUUCUCACAGAAAGCUUAUCAAGGAGAUGAUGAACGCUGUGGUGAACGUUUGGAGCUCUUCUCAAGACGUGGAAACGCAAAUCGCGGCCUUUGCGUUCCUCAAUAACUCCAGCAGAGAAUAUCCAAAAGCCAUCCUCGAGCUAGUUUUGAAAAGCACUUACUCUAGCUUCAUUAAAAAGUGCAGAAAGACUAAUGUCCACACAAUGCCUAUGAUCAACUUCCAGAAAAAUUCGGCCGUGGAGCUUUUUGGAAUUGACCAGACUCUUGGGUUCCAGAUCGGAUUCGAAUAUAUUCGUCAGCUGGCUAUCCAUUUGAGGAAUAGCGUUAACACCACCACCAAGGACAGCUACAAAGCAAUUUACAACUGGCAGUACUGCCACUCGCUAGAUUUCUGGUCCAGAAUGAUUUCUGCCCACUGUCAUCCAGAGACAGAAAAGGCUAACAAAAAGGAGGCUCCUUUGAGGCAACUUAUCUAUCCUCUUGUCCAGGUCACUUUGGGAGCGAUCAGACUGCUACCAACGGCCCAGUUUUUCCCCUUACGCUUCUACCUCAUCAGAUCCCUCAUUAGACUAUCCCAGAACACAGGUGUGUACAUCCCGCUCUUUCCGCUAGUCGUCGAGGUGCUCAGUUCCUCGGCUGUCACCAAGAAACCCAAGCAUGCUCAUCUUCAGGCCGUUUCGUUCGAUUACGUCAUCAAGGUUCCUAAACAGUAUCUCGGGACUAGAGUUUACCAGGAGGGGCUCAUUGAGCAGGUUGUUGAGCUGGUAGCCGAGUUCUUUGUCUUGCACUGCAAGAGCAUCGCUUUCCCAGAGCUGAUCACUCCGGCCGUGAUUUAUUUGAGAAGGUACAUGAAAAGAUCUACCAACAUCAAGCUUGUGAAACAGCUAGGCACCCUGGUGGACAAACUCAACGCCAACGCCAAGUACAUCGAGAAAGAAAGAUCUACUGUUGAGUUUGGACCAAACAAUAGAGUUGAGGUCGGCAUGUUCUUACACGAAGUCGAUUGGCAGAAGACACCGUUGGGAGCAUACGUUGCCGUGCAGCGUGAGGUGAAAGAGGCUCGUGAAAAGGCUCUGCGCGAAUCUUUCGAGAGCGAGAGCGACGGCGGAAGCGGUGGAAGCGAGGUGAGUGACGCUGAAGAGGUCGAUGUAGACUCUGAGGAGGAGGAAUAA